UCCUGUAGAUUAGACAUGUGUAGCCAUUAAAAAAUCUCGUCCACCAUGAUAUGGUCAAUUGGAAUGUUUGUGACUGUUCCUGGAAACACAAAUGGUUGAGAACAAAAUAGAGAAAAUCAAUGUCAAAUGAUUCUCUGUACCAAAUCAGAACCAAAUCAUAGGGCUAUUCCAUGACUAAUCAAGGUAAAUAAAUUGUCUUUCUGCGACCUGGUAGCACAUCUUUGCUUUUUUAACGUUUACUAUUUCAUUUGCCCCCUCUCCCAUUUUCGCUUAUGUGGGGCUAAUAAGGUUACAUGAGGUCCAUUUCAACUUCGAGAAAGUACCGUGGGCCAGUCCACAGGCUGCUCUUGUACAAACGUGGCCACGCAAAAAAACGUGCAAGCGCAAGCAGACACGGAAAGGGAUAACCGGAAGCAUCGAUAGGGCGAUUUGGUUGAAGGCAAAAAGAGUCGGUGGCCGUAGUCCGUCAAUGUAGCUACGAAUUUUGCGUUUGUACUGAUUGAGGCCGUAAAUAUAUAUUUCGAACCUUUCGACAAAAGAGUUGGUAGAAGUGUAGGCCUGAAGAAAUUGCAUAUUUUGCAUAGAAAACGUCAACCGAAAGGAGGCUGGUUAUGGACGUUUGAAGAGGGGAGCAGCUACAGACCCAGAUAGCUAAACAAAUGUAAACAACCACUGGAUCAGCUGUGCAGACGGCGAACGGGGACGAAUCAGAAAGACGCAAAGAUGACAGCGAAAGCUACGUUUUAUUAACAAUAGUUUAUGAUUUAUGGAGUUAGUAUAUGUCUAUAAGUAGCUCUACAUAUAAAUCUUAACCGCCAGGGACAAUUUGUUGCAAAGACACCUCCCUACCAGCGAGCUAACUAUUGCUUCCUAGGAGCUAACGUCAAUAGCAAGAUAGGUAGCUAACGACGUUAAUGAACAAGCUGAAUGCGUUUUAGUCAGUUAUUCUUGUGGCACCAUUUUAAGAUCUGUUGUGUAUUUAGGUUACUACCUGUAGAUUCGAAAUUUGUACUAAAAGUUUAUUUGAAGUGCACCAUUUGCCCCAGGAUCGGAAUAUCUGGCAGCUAGCUGAAUAAACCCCAGUUGACGUUGUUUGCUUUUGGUCAAAGGAAAUACUCUCAGUUUGACCGUGAACUGAAGACAAAAGCUUUGCGUUUGAUUACGCGAGGAAAUCCAUCUAGAUUUUUCUGUUUUUCAAUCACAAAUCUGUCAUAAAUCAGCAAGUGAAGACAGGCAGAAGGAUUGUCAUGGCACACCAGCAGAUGCCCAGCUCUCAGAAGGCCCUGAUGCUGGAAUUAAAGUCCCUCCAGGAGGAGCCAGUGGAGGGCUUCCGCAUCACUCUUGUGGAGGAGUCUGACCUCUACAACUGGGAGGUUGCCAUCUUUGGUCCCCCCAACACACUGUAUGAAGGGGGUUACUUUAAGGCCCACAUCAAAUUCCCCAUUGAUUACCCUUACUCCCCUCCCACGUUCCGCUUUCUCACCAAGAUGUGGCACCCAAAUAUCUAUGAGAAUGGUGACGUGUGCAUCUCCAUCCUCCAUCCACCCGUGGAUGACCCCCAGAGUGGAGAGCUGCCUUCUGAGAGGUGGAACCCCACACAGAAUGUCAGAACCAUCCUCCUCAGUGUGAUCUCUCUUCUGAAUGAGCCCAACACGUUCUCCCCAGCCAAUGUGGACGCCUCUGUCAUGUUCCGCAAAUGGAGAGACAGCAAGGGCAAAGAUAAGGAGUAUGCAGAGAUCAUCAGGAAACAGGUGCUGUCCACCAAAGCGGAGGCCGAGCGUGAUGGGGUGAAGGUGCCAACCACACUGGCCGAGUACUGCAUCCAGACCAAAGUGCCUUCCCAUGACAGCAGCUCUGACCUGCUCUACGAUGACCUCUACGACGACGAUAUCCAGGAGGAGGAUGACGACGAGGAAGAGGCAGAGGCAGGCGGCAUGGGCAGCGAGAUGGGUGCGGACUGCUUCGAUGAUGAGGACGACUCGGGCAACGAGGAGUCCUGAUGAUCCAGCCUCUCUCCACCCCCCCCCCCCCCCCAUCCCCUCUGCACCCAGCCACUCAUAUACACUCACACUCCCAUACACCCACACACACACACUUCAUACCAACACAUUUCACGCCCACACCCACAUACCAUUUAAACAAAAAACUUUUCCCCCUUAAGUUCUAUGUUUGUCUGUGUGUCCACGUUUUUGAGUUGGUCUUCAAUAGGAAUUCUUGUGGUGGUUGAUUCCUCUUUCUGUUUUUUGUCAAUCCUUUUCAUACGCUCUUCAGCUACUCCUUUGUGUUCUACCAGUUGCCCCUAGAGGAAUGUGCUUCAGGGCUUCUGGUCUCUGAUACCGUUUGGAUAAGGAGUUUGGAGAGAGCAUCGUCUCCAUGUAGUCCUCACCAUUUAUUAGAUGGCUUUAUAGAGAGCGUUUUGGCACUUUUCUUGUCCAGGCGUCCCUUCAUGCUACCCCAACCUCUACUCCUCAGGGCUUUUGGGUAUCUGCUGAUGCUUCACCCUCGCCCCAUGGUAUGUCAGCUGCCACCCUCGUCUCUCUCACAUUGAUCCCGUUUUUGCCGCAUUUAUUUAGGGUUUUGUUUUUGUUCUCCCCCCCCCCCUCUGUCUCCUAGCUCCAUUCUCUCUGUCUUUGCUGUCUGCCCUCAGAGCAUCUUGCCUGCGUGUGCUGAAAUGAAUGAUGCAAAACGAUGGGGGGAAAAAGACAACCGUGAGUGAUGUAUGAGUGGAUGCCACUGGUGUCUGCUCUUGUCUGCCCUUCCUUGGCCCUCUCUGGCUCUCUCAGGCUCCUCAGUCUCCUUCACAGCAUAGAGCUUUAAGUGUUCCCAUCCCUCCACCCCAUGUAUCCUGGUUGUGGCAUUUACUCACGUCUCUCAUUUCAUGUCAAAUGACACAAAUGAGGUAAGUCUCCCUGCCAAGGAAGAGACCGAGGACAUGCUAACAGACAAACAAGGAAGAAGGAUUUCUUCUGUUUUUGUUGUUGUUGUUGUUGUUGUUGUUUUUUGUCUGUAUCAAGACCUCACAAGCGCAGUGUCUUGAUUUGGACUUCUCUCUUUAAUGAGAAGCUGGAACUGAGGAUGUACCUCUCCUUAACUGAUGUAGAUUGAGCUGACUGCCUUUGAGCUACUUGUUCUUUGAGCCAGACACAUUUUCACCCUAAGCAAAAUGGAGUUGAUUUUGUUUUUCCUCUUGGUUUUUUGCGGAGUUGUUGGAGAUGCCCCAUAGUCAUUAGUGCAACUGCUCACAGGUGCUGCAAUGUUUUACUCUGAAAAAA